ACCAUCACAAUGCCAGAAACCACGCUUUUAUCCCCGCAAUGAAUUCUGACAACGAAACUAGAGCCGAGAGAAGCACCGAACGUGACAUAUUUGCGUUUGGUACCUACAAACUUCUCGCCUUCACCAUCGGAACCAUUGGAGUGUUUGGCUUUUGCAACAACGUUGUUGUCAUCAUACUUUACUGCAAAUUCAAGAGGCUCAGGACGCCGACGAAUCUGUUGCUGGUCAAUAUAAGUUUGAGCGAUUUGCUGGUUUCGGUCAUCGGAAUAAACUUCACGUUUGUUUCGUGCGUCAAAGGUGAGUGGAUUUGGAGCCAGGCAACAUGCGUUUGGGACGGCUUCAGCAACAGCUUAUUCGGCAUCGUUUCCAUCAUGACUCUGGCAGCGCUGGCCUAUGAGCGCUACAUCCGGGUGGUCCACGCCCAGGUGGUGGACUUCCCCUGGGCAUGGCGGGCCAUCGCCCACAUCUGGGUGUACUCCCUGGUUUGGACCGGUGCGCCUCUCCUGGGCUGGAACCGCUACACACUGGAGAUCCACCAACUGGGAUGCUCCUUGGACUGGGCUUCAAAGGACCCAAAUGAUGCUUCAUUUAUCCUCCUCUUUCUCCUGGCUUGCUUCUUCGUACCUGUGGGGAUCAUGAUCUACUGUUAUGGGAACAUCCUCUACACUGUGCAAAUGCUGCGCUCCCUUCAGGACCUCCAAACAGUCCAGAUCAUCAAGAUCUUGCGAUACGAGAAAAAGGUAGCUGCGAUGUUUCUUCUCAUGAUCUCCUGCUUCCUUGUGUGCUGGACCCCCUACGCUGUCGUGUCCAUGAUGGAAGCCUUCGGCAGGGGGAGCGUGGUUUCGCCCACCGUGGCCAUUAUCCCCUCAUUCUUUGCUAAGUCCAGCACAGCCUACAACCCCCUCAUCUAUGUAUUCAUGAACAGAAAGUUCCGACGUUGUUUGCUGCAGCUGCUGUGUUCAAGGUUGUCUUGGCUGCAGCGCAGCUUCAAAGAGCGGCCCCUGGAGCCGGUCGAGCGCCCCAUCCGACCCAUCGUUGUUUCAAGUUCAUGCAACAGCAGAAAACGACCCAAGAAGAAGGUGACCUUCAACUCCUCCUCCAUCGUCUUCAUCAUCACCAGUGAUGACUUGCACCGCUUAGAUGUGACUUCCAAUGCCGUCGAGUCUUCUGUUAACGUCAUUCAAGUGAAGCCACUGUGAUCCCCAGAGACUGAACUUCUCAUCCUCCUGUACAGCUCAGACCUGGCAUACAAAGUCAAGCCAAAAUCCACAUCAUCUCCUGCAGGAGAUUUUUUUUUUCAAUCUGCACAAGACUGUGAGUGUAAAUACCACUGCUGGGGCUGAAGUUCAGCUCCUCUCUAAUGCACUUAUUACUGACAGAGUUUCAUCUAAACGCAGGUCGAGAGUAUGUAUGAUAUUCUCAUUGUAUAUCACUUGUGGUGAUAAGACAUGACAUAUUUGAUGCAGUUGCAAUUUAUAUCAACUUUCCCAUGCCAUAUAUGUGUUAAGGACUUUAUCAAGUAAUGUGUUUAGCUAUGGAUUUCCAUGUGAUAAGAAAUGAUUUGGUUGUGUGCAUCACAUUAAAUACUACAAUAAGAAAAUGAGCAUUUUAGCUCACUUGCCAUACAUGCAGACACUGACAUUAUUGAUUCAAUAAAGAGAUCCUAUUUUAGACUCCCUGGAUCGUGUGCCUUGUUUGUAUUUUCAAUCGAAAUCUCUCCAGCGUGACAAGGGCAGCCACUGUUGGAAGUGUUUGACUUGUAUGUCUGAAGGGUAGUGAAUUGAACUUGAUGAGAGGAGGUGAGUCUUGGCGCUCAGUGUGCUCCUGCACGUUUCUUUUAUAACCUCCUGGGCAGUCAGCUAUGAAUAUAUAGCGAUGCUUGAUCAAUGGAUUUUUAAGGCUGUUUGAGACCCAAGGUGUGGACAUGUGCGUUGCAUUUGUGUGUACUCUUCAACUGCAAAUAUGUUAGAUUAUUUUCAAUAUUAGCAAUGGAAGUCAACACGGUAACUAUUUUUAUGAUGAGGUAGGUAUUCUUCUAUAGUUAUAUAAAUAUACUGUAUAUAUUUUACAGUAUGAUGGCAUAGCCAUAGUGGUUAGUAUGCCUGUCUAACAGAGAUACAACUUUGACUCACCGGGUACGGUGGCUUCCUCUCACAUCCCAGAAACAUGCAUGUUAGAUUAAUAUAAUUGUCGUUUAGCGUGAAUGUGAGUGUGAAUGGUUGUGUGUCUAUAUGUUCUCCAUCAUCGACUGGCGACCACUCCAGGGUGUAUCUUGCCUCACAACCAAAGGCAGCAGGGACAGGCUGCAGCUCAAUCAUGGUCCUAACGAGGACAAGCAGUAUAGGAAAUGGAUAAAUGGAUGGCUCUUUUCUGACAAAGAAAAACACUUGUGAGUCGCUAAAAAGGGUUUGGGCUCAGUUCCUGUUCUGUGCUCUUAUUUUGGAGUUUCUUCCUGUUGUGUGUGUGUAAUGCGUUAACUUUACGCCAGUGCUGCUGGGAGACGCAGCUGCCAAUUAGUAAUUAGGUGGCACAGCGUCAUCUCUCAGAUGCUGCUAUUACUAUCUUCCAUCCUGUGCCAGUCCACAACCAUAGUCCUUGCCAGUUUGUAUUUUUUGGAUGUAUCUUUGCCUAGGUUUGUUUUGUUUGUACUUUGCAUUUUUGUGUGCCUUUGCCCCAGCUAGUGCUGUGAUUUUGUUUUGUACUUCUUUCCCUUGCUGCUACCUUUUGCUACCAGCUUGUAUUCACAUUCCUGUGCCCCUUUCGUUACAUUAAAGACAC